CAAAACCUUAUACAAAUGUACAUAAAAACUACCAGAAAAUUCUAUCUUAAUAAACACCAAAGAAUUAUGGAAAACUUGACGAAUGAUUGCCAUGUUCUUCUUGUAACAUUUCCAGGUCAAGGUCAUAUUAAUCCAUCUCUUCAAUUUGCCAAAAGAUUAGUUAACUUAGGAGUUAAAGUCACUUUUUCCACUAGCCUAUCAGCAUUUAAUCGAAUCUCCAAGCUUCCAAAUAUAGAAGGAUUAAGCUUUGCUCCUUUUUCUGAUGGCUAUGAUGGAAAAUUUAAAGGAUCGAUGAAUGAGUUCGAUUCAUUCUAUUCUUCCCUGAUGAGUCACGGGUCGGAAUUCGUGACUCAAAUCAUAAAAUCCAGGGUGGCCGGCUCGUCUCGCCAUAUCUACACGACCAUUAUGGCAUGGGUCGGUAUAGUGGCCAAGAGCAUUAAUGUCCCCUCAACAUUUUUUUGGAUCCAACCGGCCACGGUCUUGGACAUUUACUAUUAUUGCUUCACUGACUAUGCUGAUUAUUUCAAGAAUUGUUCUCAGGAUCAAGUAGUCGAGCUUCCGGGAUUGCCUCGGCUAAGUCCUCGCGAUUUUCCCUCAUUAGUGCUCAGCGAUGUGAAUUCUGCCUAUGGUUGGGUAGUUAAAUCUAUCAUAGACCAAGUUGAGUUAUUGAACAGUGAAGAAAAUCCAAGAGUACUUGUGAAUACUUUUGAUGAUUUGGAACAUGAUGCUUUGAGGGCUUUGAAGAAUUUAACUAUGGUUGGAAUUGGCCCUUCAAUUCCUUCAGCUUUUCUUGAUGAAAAUGAUCCUUUUGAUAAGGCAUUUGGAGCUGAUUUGAUACGAAGUUCGGAAGAUUACAUGGAGUGGUUGGACAAAAGGACUAAAGAUUCAGUUAUUUACAUAGCAUUUGGUAGUUACUCUGAAAUAUCAAGUCAAUUGAUGGAGGAGAUAGGUCAAGGAUUAGUAAAAUGUGGAAGACCAUUUUUGUGGGUGAUUAGAGAAGGGCAAAAUGGGGAAAAUCCAGAGGAAAAUUUUACUUGUAAAGAGGAAUUAGAAAAACAUGGGAAAAUUGUGCGUUGGUGUUCACAAGUGGAAGUGUUACAGCACCUUUCUUUAGGCUGUUUCUUGACUCAUUGUGGAUGGAAUUCGACUUUGGAGAGCCUGUGUUCUGGAGUGCCGGUUGUGGCGUGUCCGCUCUGGACCGAUCAAGGUUGCAAUGCUAAGCUCGUUCAAGAUGUUUGGAAGACUGGGGUCAGAGUGAAUGCCAAUGAAGACGGUAUCGUGGAACGAGAUGAGUUCAAGAGGUGUAUAGAGAUCGUGAUGGAAGAUGGAGAGAAAAGGGAGGAGCUUAAGAAGAAUGCCAAGAAAUGGAAGGAUUUGGCUAAGGAAGCUAUGAAGGAAAAUGGUUCAUCAAAUGUAAAUCUCAGAGCUUAUGUUAAUGAGAUUUUACUCAAUCAUUGUUAAAAAUAAAAAAAUAAAUUGAGUAUCGUUCUUGUAAUACCUUGGCUUAUGUUGCACGUAUUAUGAAUAAUUUCAGAAAUUGUGAAAAGAGGAAUGAAGCAUCA